CGAAACGAGUGGACGUGCUUAUUUCACACAGAUUGAAAUUAUUUCUUCUACGCUCCUAGAUUUGAUCCUUAGUGCCUUAACGAACACGUGUUUCACAGGAAAAUGCGGUCCCAGGAGCGAUGGCUCAUCUGGGCAGUGGUGCUACUGGCCGUCGCCCAGGAUAUUCGUGGUAUAUACGAUCCCCGAACCAAUUCAGGCCCAAACGUUAACAUGAUGCCCCAAGUACACAGCGACUACAGCAAGGUUCACACUCACAAAGCUCGUUCGUUCGAACCAAAUUAUGCGCGAAGUGACAAUAAUCUACACUAUCAUGCUGCGCCGUAUCAACAAACCCUAAACUCACCGGCGACAACACCAACGCCCACAACGGAGCAAGCAUUUUACAGACGACCUACGCCGGCAUCUAAACUACAGCAGCAACCAAGAGUUGAAUACGGUAAUGAAAAUGGCAUAUUGGAUGCUAGCAAUCAAAAGUUACGCAGUGGAAGAACGUUCGACGAUGGCAGCUUUAAUGGUUUACAAUGUCCACCACUGCAAUCCGGGCAUUUUGUGUACAUCAUGGAUUGCAGACAAUUCCUUAAUUGUUGGAAAGGGCGCGGUUACAUCCAAAGUUGUGCACCCGGAACGCUGUUUAAUCCAGAAACCAACGAAUGUGAUCACCCAUCGAAGGUGCAAUGCUUCACGUCCAAUACGAUGGAGGGUUAUCAAGGGUUGGCCCAAUUGAGAAAACCAGAUAAGCCCAAACUUGCUGCAUACACACAAGAUAACGGAGAUGGAUCAUUCCAACCAGUCGCCACGUCACCUGUCAGAUGUCCUCCUGAUGUUAUUGGACUUCGCGAACAUCCUACAGAUUGCAGGAAAUUUUUGAACUGCAACGCAGGAGCUACUGUCAUUCAGGAUUGCGGGCCGGGAACCGCAUUCAAUCCACGGAUAUCCGUCUGCGAUCACAUACAUCUUGUGGAUUGUAAUCGCUAUCAAAACUUUAUAAAUUCUGGUCCCAUCCAACCGAUCAACCCUGAAGCGGAAGAAAUUGAAGUUGACACUGUCACAUAUGAUAUCGAUGUUCGUUUCAACGCUGAUGAACCAAAACCGACUACAAGACCAAACAUUCCGCUACAAGUUCCUAAACCUACCUACCAACGCACCGCUCCGAGUGAAAUUCGACCUGUAUAUGCGCCACCACCGAGCACAUCUUUAUACCGGCCCAACGUCACACCUAAUCCCAAUGAACUACACAGCAAUACUCCGAGCCUUCCAGUCAGUGAUGCACUAAAAAUGUUGCUUAAACCGUAUUUGAACAAAAAUACUGUCGAAUUUAACAUGACUAAGGUCAAUUCAAUGAUGAGUUCUACCACCACUCCAAGGCUUGAGCUAGCACAACGCAGUGACCUCUCCGAACUUCCAGUACUAGGCUUGCAUCAAACACCGAAGCCCGAAGAUAAACUAUCUCCCUACGUAGCUCAACCACUGGAUAUCAAUUCCCUUCAAGCGCCUCAAUUACCUUUCUACGGCAUGCCAACGAAUCGACCACCAACCCCAUACGGCUUUAGACCGCAAAACUCGAACUUCAAUCGACAGCACGCUUCGGCACCCUUUCCUUACCAUCAACAAUCGCAGCAGCAGUACCAGCCAAUGCUUCGCCUACGAACAACUACACCAGCUAUAAGAAGUCGUUUCGGUGAAGAUUCGCCGCAAUGGCGACCGAUGGCCCCCCGUACGAGUACCACCAAACAACCAUCAACGACAACGGUAGAUCCAUGCAAAGACAAGUUUAUCUGUGGCAAUGGAAAGUGCAUCGAACAGAGACAGGUCUGCGACGGUAAAGACGAUUGUGGAACUCGGGCGGAUGAACGCAACUGUAGCCAUAUCGGGUACGAAGUUCGGUUGUCCAACAAACAUCAGGGUCGGGUUGAGGUGAAGGUAUUUGAUAAGUGGGGUUACGUGUGCGAUGAUAAUUUUAGCAUCGAAGCAGCGACUGUGCUUUGUAAGGAACUGGGUUUCAAGGAAGGGGCGUUGGAGUUGAAACCAAAUUCUUACUACCCACCGAAUGCAGCCAUGAUGAACGGUAGCAAUCCGAUCUUCAUCAUGGAUGAGAUAAGAUGUACGGGAAACGAGUCUGCGCUGAAGGAUUGUGCCUUCUCCGGUUGGGGAGUGCACGACUGUAACGCCGAAGAGGUUAUGGGUGUAGUGUGUAAGACACCGGUAAUGACCUGUCCGAUUGAUUACUGGCUUUGCGAUACCUCGUCUGAGUGCGUACCGGUGGGAUUCCUUUGCGAUAACGUAAUGGAUUGCGCGGAUGGAUCGGACGAAAGUGUUACGCACUGUAAUGCUCCACUGGAAAUGCGUCUCGUUGAUGGACCGACGCCAACGGAAGGACGAGUUGAGGUCAAGUAUCGUGGAAUCUGGGGCACGAUUUGCGACGAUGAUUUCGGCUUGCGCGAAGCUCGCGUAAUUUGUCGCCAGUUAGGACUGAACGGAACGGCCGAGGUGCGCAAGAAUACGUACAAGCAAGGUGCGGGACAGAUUUGGUUGGAUCAGGUCGUUUGUAAUGGCAAUGAAAAUUCGAUCGAUGAUUGCACGCAUUGGCACUGGGGAGAGCACAACUGUGGACAUACGGAAGAUGUUGGAGUUAGAUGCGGAACACCGCAAACCAAUCGACCGACUCCGGCUCAACUACGUUCCGUCGGCAAAUCACUUAAAUUUGAUUACAUCGAAAAAUCUAGUAAAAUCUAUCCGGAUAGUUGUGGAAAGGUACUGGUGGAUCCGAAAGCGGUUAAGCCGACCUACGGCGCGCGAGUUGUUCAUGGUGGAGAAACCGUGUAUGGACACCAUCCCUGGCAGGCUGCUCUAAGGGCGAAAAAACAGGGCAAAUCAGUACACUGGUGCGGUGCUGUUUUAAUUUCCAAGUAUCACAUUCUGACAGCGGCUCACUGUCUAAUCGGAUACCCGAAAGGAGCCUACAUGAUUCGUCUCGGAGAUUACAACACCGAAGCACUUGAGCAGGCGGAAAUUGACAUCUUCAUAGAAGACUACUACAUUCAUGAGAACUUUAGGGAAGGCCAUCACAUGAACAAUGACAUAGCAGUUGUUCUCCUUAAAACGCCUAUUCGAUUCAAUGAGUUUGUCCAACCGGUUUGCUUACCGGCAAAAAGUCAACCAUAUCGGGAAGGUUUGAAUUGCACAAUUUCCGGUUGGGGAUCAACACAGUCCGGAUCUUCAGCACAUUCACUGGAACUGAGGGCAGCCAAGGUUCCCCUGUUGUCGGAUGCUGUUUGCAACGAGCCGGAAGUCUACGGGAAUAACGUAACGGAUGGCAUGUUCUGUGCUGGUGCUCUGGAUGGCGGUGUCGACGCCUGUGAGGGAGAUUCCGGUGGACCACUAGUGUGCACCAGUGAUCGUGGACACACGCUGUACGGCAUCAUUUCAUGGGGUUUCCACUGCGGUUACGUCAAUAAACCGGGCGUGUACGUGAAAGUGUCGCACUAUCUGGACUGGAUCGAGCAGAAGCUUAAGCAAUCCCUUCACAUGUAUGGCGUGUAAAGGUUUUUCGGAAGUACCUUAACAUUUAAUACUCUUAACCGUAGAAGAAGAUAUACUGUUACCAUUUUACACGAAUAAAACUUUUUUUAUUAUACA